UACGAGUAAAUAUUGUAUGACUAAUAUAAAAAUACAUAUACAAUAUACAUUUCUUUCAGGAUUGGAUUUAAAUGGUUGUAAUUUCGUCGAUCGAGGAUUAUCUUAUCUUAUAAAUCUGGAAUUUCUUGAGCGUUUACAUCUUGAAAACGUGAAAGGCUUAACUGCUGUAACUGUUUGCAAAAUACUGCAGAGUAAUCGACAAAUGCGUGACUUAAAUUUAGCAAGCAUGGACUCAGUUUUAAAUGUAAACGAAAUCGCAAUGAGAUUGAAAACUUUAUGUCCAAAUUUGGAAAAGAUAAAUUUAGCAAACACAGAUUUACCAUGGAAAACUAUUGAUGCCCUUGCCGAUUGUAAGAAUCUGCGGGAAGUAAAUUUUAGAAAUGCGUGGACAAAUUUUCAAUACACACCCAACUUAAGAGAUAGCUUCCAUAAAUUAUUUUCCUCUUGUCAACGCUUGGAAAAAAUCGAUUUGAGCUUUAAUCAUUUACUUCCAAAUUAUGUAUUGGAAGCUCUAACGCUGUGUAAAAAUUUAAAAUGUUUAAUGUUGAUAAACGAAACCUCUAUAACAUCUGUGACACUUUAUGAUGCAUGUUUUGAAAUUCUCCUGCAAUGUCCCAAAUUGGAAGAAAUCUAUCUUCCAUUUAUGAUAAUGACCCAGUAAACCAAUACAUAACUGUUACAUAACUGAGGAAGCACAUAAAAAGAACAAUGUAAUAUAUCACUGUUAUGUGGAUAAGAUGUAAAUAUUAUAUAAAUUUAAGAGCACUCUGAAUGAACAAAAUUAUAU